CACCGACCGGCGAGCGCCGCAGUGCAGGGUCGCGACCCCAGCGCGUGCCGAGAGCGCACCGGCGGCGACACCUCUGACCCGGCGGCUGCGGUCAGCCGCGGCGGCGCUCUCUGAAGCGCGCGGAAAAACAUGGCGUCGUCGCAAGUGUUCGUGUUGGCGGCGGUGCUGGUGAUGACUGGGGACGUGCUGGCCAUUCCCAAAGAUGACUUCCUUCCGUUUGGUACCGACUAUGGUGACCAAGCGCUGCCGAACAUGGACGAAGUCUCCAGCCCGGAAAUCAAGCUCUCGACGCCUCUUCUGUACUACAAUCAACAAUAUCAAGGAGUCUACGUGAACACCAACGGAAUGGUGUCGUUCUUGACGGAGCUUCCGAACUUCUACAACGUGCCAUUUCCUCUGGACUACCCUUUGAUCGCGCCGCUGUACUCCGAUGUGGACAUCACCGGCGCUGGGAACGUGUUCUACAGAGUGACAGCCCAGGAGAGCCAGCUCCGUCAGUUCGACGCCCGCGUGGCACGUUACUUCAGUGGUGGAGGCAGCUUCAUGGCCAGAGAGCUGCUCAUCGCCACAUGGGAUCAGGUCGGAUACUACAACGCCGCCACCGACAAGACCAACACGUACCAGCUCCUGGUGGGCUGGGACGGUCGGGAGACGUUUGCCCAGUUCCUGUACGCCGACGGUGGCCUGCAGUGGAUCGCCGGCGAGGGCAAGACAGCCCACCACGCGGACGCGCGUGGCCAGGCGGGCAUGGUCAGCGGCGACGGCCGCAUGACCCAGCUGCAGUACUCCGGCACGGACCAGGUCCGUCACCUGGACAGGCUAACAAACUGUCAAGAGCCUGGAGUGUACAUCUUCAGAAUCGGUAGGAUUGAGUCUGAGCAAAGCAUCGGCCUGCCCGACAUCAACCUCAGCUCAGCAG